AUGCUCACCUGCAGCACUGAGCAGGACAUAAUUCAAGUUUCCAGGUGCCAUCCACCCAAAGAAAUCUAUUCUAAUCCAGGUCCCACACACAUCCCACCUGACCAACAACGCCUUAUCUUUAUGGGAGAGCUGCUGCUCCAUCCUUCACUUGGUACUAUCGACAACUAUGACGAGUUAUAUCCUUCACAGCAGUGGGAAGACCCAAGUGCAGUCCCUCCACAUCCUUUGGCACUUCACCCUCUCCCACACAUUUCAGCACUACACCAUUCACUAGCACUCAUGAAUCAUGAUGUGCCUCCUCCCACUAUAGGUCCCUUCCCACAUGUUGCCAUUGCACCCUCCACUGGCGCUCAUUAUGCACCUCCUGGUGCCCUUGGUAGCCCUUCCCAAGUUGCAGGCACGAAACGCCACUUUGCUGCAUCACCCGCUCCUCUUCCUGCCCCCCCCCCCCCAACUGUUCGAAAUUCCCACCAAACCCCCGAUGACCCACUCUCAGUCCAUCUCAUCCUCCUUCCCCCAGCACUUAUUUGUUCCGUCUGGUACUUCCUACCUAUGGCUGAUUUCAUUCUUGCAGAGUGGUUUUUUUUACAAUUUUAUUAA